CGUCGCCACUGCGCAGCACCUGAAGUCGUUACCGUCACCAAUCUCCCGCCCUACCGGUUCGGGCGAAUCUAGGGCUCCACCCAAAAGCCGACCCAUCGCUGCGGCUGCAACACCACAGUCUUUCAAAGGGCAUCGUGUGUUCCAGCUUUGCGCAAUUUCGUUGUUGGCCCCGUAUCGACCAAGCCUCGCCGUCCGCAUCCGGCUUCCCGCCUGAUCCCUAAGCCUGACGGCCCUUUCACAGGAGUUCUGUGUUAGAACAAUAAAGCUACAUAAACACAUGGACCCGUAGACCCACAUCACUCCACGAUGUCGACGACAGUUACUUCGGCGCUCGCUAGCACUAGCAGUGCCAAUGCCAACCCGGGCAAUGGAGGCGGCGGCGGCGGCGGUGGGGGAGGACCAACAAGCUCGCCGUUGCUGUUCUUUGUUGCGCUGGGAUUCGGUGUUGUCUUCACAAACCUAUGGAUCAUCGUGGGUGUGAAGUACUGCUUUAGAUAUAACCGCCGCCGCGCGGCCGCUGCUGCUGGCGAGACUGGCGAACCGAUCGACAUGACAGCCAUGCCACGACCACAUAGGAGGAGGCGCGAGAAGAAGCUGAUGACCAUGGAUGAGGUCAACGAGCAGUUCUCCUUGACGAAGUACAAGCAAUGGAAGUCAAGUCGAGAGACCGAAGGACUUCCCGCAAACGGUGGAAUCGCGACAGCACCUCAGAGCCGAGCAGCCAGUCUGAAGGACGUUGAGGGUACGAUUUCCGCAAGGGACGGUGCUGCGAGCCCUCAACUUGGGACUGCUCUUGCAAUGGCUCGUGAGGAUGUGCAGAAUCCAGUAGCAUCGCCUAGAGCUAGUCUGUCUCCAGCUGAAGCAAAGGAGACCGUCACAGCCUCGAAGAAGCCCGAAGACGAGAAAUCGCCCAUGACAAGGACAGACACCGUUGACACUACCGGGAAGGAUGUGGAUCCAGCACACAGUCAUCGCGUCGAUGACGACGAUUCUGAUGAUGAAGACGAUCCUAUCCGCACCGCCACCGCUCCUGAGCUUCUGGCUGAGCCUGGAGACACAUGUGCCAUUUGCUUGGAUACACUCGAGGACGAUGACGACGUGCGAGGACUCACUUGUGGCCAUGCUUUCCAUGCUAGCUGCGUUGACCCGUGGCUGACAAGCCGCCGUGCCUGCUGUCCCCUCUGCAAAGCCGACUACUAUGUCCCCAAGCCUCGCCCAGAGGGUGAGGCUGAUCAGACAGGCCCAGGCCGUCGCUCUGCAAUGGGAAUGCGAUCGCCUACAUCACCUCAGGCGAUAUGGACUAGCCCCCGCAAUGGCCUGUUCCGCUCGCGCGUGGUCAUCAUCGGCAACUCAGCUACACAACCAACCGACCGCGUAGAUCGGUUUGGGCGUUCGACUCGGCCCAGCCGACAAACUCGUGAUGCGACCAGUGAUGCGACGCAGCAACCGCAAACUGCCGAGAACUCAGGGUGGAUGUCGAGGCUACGACCGAACAGGACGACGCAGAGUCCAGCGUUCACCACAUGGUUUGGUCGCAGUCGCAACGAGCCACAAGCAAACACCACCACACAGCCUACUCCCAGCCAGCUUGAAGCCGGCAACAGGUAGUCGUCAUAUGCCAGAUACGAAUCUAUACUUUUUCCACACGAUUUUCACGCUAUUCACGAUCCUCUUAGCAAGCAUUUGGUCGUAACAGCAUACAAGCGCUAUAGUCGGCCAGCCGGCGCAUUUCUCACAUCACGUUGUCGUUACAGUUACCAUCUCUGCUCUCUUAUACCGGCUGCAUCGGCAUGUUACAGCAGUGUCAGUGGGGCUGAAGCCGCUCCUGUGUUCGCACACAAGCGGAGGAUUUGUUGUAGAUAAGAUCGUCACUUGCUCUGCAAUUGUACAUGCAACAUUCGUGCAUUGAUUCGCCGGGUCUUUCAGUAAAAUGCCAGUAAAGUGUGAAUGAAAUACUACUACAUAUCCAUCA